GACGCCGUCGGCUCUGAUUCAAACGUAAUUGACGCGUCGACCGCACGCGCGCUCGACGGCGCGCGGUGGGGGUAAGAAUGGAGAAACGGCGCCGGCCCUGCCGGCGGAAGAACGGCCUGGGGUGGGGAGAGACGGGCCGCGCACCUAUGUCGACGCGGAACUCGGAAGAGCGGCGCUCCCGAUGGCAUUCGUCUGCGAGCUGCUGCGCCGCGCGGUCGCCCUCGUCACGUCCCGCACGCUCUAGAGCGACAGACACGCGGCACGUGCGCGCCUCAAUCAACCCCCGGUUCUGAUCGCGCGAGCCCCCGGGUCUCUUGUACGGUCCUCCCUUACGCUCGCGCGCCGGUAGGUACCGAAGUGAGGACCGGGCGAGUCUUUUCUCUCGCCCCCGCCUCGUUGAAUCUCCUUCCUCCGCGAGGAAAGCAAUUCGUACCGCGGUCGUCGUCGUGCUCCGUUAUCGAGGGAAACCGGCGUGACGCCGAGAGGCGCGGAACGGUACCCGCUCGCCUCCGCGCGGCGAAAUUAGCGCGGAAAGUGCCUGCACGCUCCGUUUCGUCUCGCGAAGACGGAAGGAGAACGGGAAGCGGAACGCACACUCGCCGACCUCGUCGACGGCUUCCUUCCCGCGGCGGUUCCCUCGUGUACAUCGCUGUGAUAGUAUCCCCGCGUUCGCCGGCUCGUCGUCGGUGGGCCUCUUCUCCGGAGUGACGUCCGGGGACUCUCGCCAGGACAGUGAAGGUUAAUAAGUGUGCUGUGACAGCUGCGGGGAGAAAACGACCUACGCGAAGAAUGGAGCCGGCCAGAUUUCUGCUGCUGAUCCUCCUUCUGGGAGCCGCCAGCUGUACAGCUACGCCGAACGGCACAAUGUUCACGAUCGAGAUCUUUCAACGUUACAACCUUGAGUCCUUUGUGGGCUGUUACUUUCCUGCGGACUUCCAGGGCGAAUUCGUGACGCAGGUGAACGGAAGGGGCAUGGCGAUCGAGGAGCCCAUUCAGUAUUCCACCAUUAACAUCAGCACCAGCGCGAUAUCGGUGUGGGGCUACUGUUUCAAGAGGGUCGGCGAUAAUGUGCUGCUAAUAGACAGAUACAACGACAGCCCUUGCAUACGGUGUUUCCAGCUGGUGCGGAGAGGGCGGAAUAUCAUUGAGGUGUUCUCGGAAGCUCUCAACAGGUGUUACAUAAACGAGACGGAUGCCUCGCGCUCUUGUGGCGCACUGAACACCACGUCAAUCCUGUACCGAACGAAAGAAUUCGAAGGUUCGCCGCCCCGGAAUGAAUUCUGCCCCAUUGCCGGUCUUUAUCACUUCAGGUAUAGCAUGAGGAAUAAUUCCGCGAUCUCGUAUGAGUGCAGCACGUUUUCCUCCGAGUUCCAUAAUUGCCCGGAUGGAUCGGUCUUGCAACUAAACUUCAAACGAUGUAACUUCGAGACGCAUGAUUACGUAUACAAUUGUUUGGGCAGUUGGCCUGGGCCGAAUAAUUCUAGAUAUUUUGUGCUUUCCGACAGCAACAAUACAAACGGUAGCAGACCUCAAUACAGAUGCGGGCUAUACCACGUUGAUAACAAGAGAGGGAAAACUUACAUGGCACUCAGCAGCGACUCGAGCUGCACGCAGAAUUUAGAUAAUUCGACUAGUGGAUACGAGACCUUGACUUUGAGCAAGAGCCUAAAUCAGAAAAAGGUGCCGGAUUUCGUCAAGACUCAUGUUGCCACAUUCCCGAAGUGGGCGCAGGGGUUGUGGGAGAACUCGCUGAUAGUUAAUGGAACUAUGACUUUCACCGAUGUCAACGGCUACAAUAGUUACACCUUCAUCACGGUGGAGUCAAACGAGAAGCGUGACCGUUAUAUCGUGUACUCUACAGACCAAUGCGAGCAGGCUGCUUAUGCGUGCUUAAUGAUGAAGCAGCGCGGCGAAAACGUGCUGGAGUUUGCGUUAGGAACGAACCUGUAUCCAGUAUAUCAGAGUACUUUGUGCGAUGAUUCCAAUUUCGGAAACUUGGUAUGGAUGACUCAAACACGUGCCGAUCGUUUGGUGGAGUCGUCCUGUCCAAUUACGGGCCGAUACACAGGAAUGAUACCAGAUGCACCGGGAAUGUGUACCGAAUUGAGCAGCAACUGUAACAAUCGUGAAAUAAUGUACUUUAAAGUGAGCGACUGCGCAUCUGGCACGCUGUUCGAAAAACGGACAUAUCACUGCCUGGGACAAUGGGAGGAGAAAGGCUUAAUAUAUGCCUAUACUAUGAAAAACGUCACUGCACAGAGUGAGUGCUUUGUAGGCAAGAUCGUCAACGAAGAGGAGCUAUACAUCGCGGAGGCUGGCAACCAUUGCUUACGAAAUAUAGAUCCCAAAGUGCAGGGGAUGCGUCUUUACAGAAAGGGGCAUUGCUACGGGAACUCGCCGAGUCCUGCUCCGAUAAUACCGAUUCCUCAUAAUCCAAUAAUGAGGAUUACGACUCCACGAUCGAGGACAUCGGAUAAUACUCGAGUACCAGAAAAUACAGUUUCUUCGUCAACUCUCCUCAGAUCGACAACGUCCACGAGUUUCAUGCUUCUCAUCUCUGUGAUCAUCGCGCUUCUCGAGGCAGCUUUUCCAUACGCGCCCGAAUAAUGACACCAUUUUUACAAGUUUAAUAGUGAUCUAGCUAACAAAUGACACCUUAUGUAUACACAUUGCUGCAGUUUCAUUAUUCGUAUCUAACGGAUAAUCGAGACGUAUGCCAGUUACUUGCGAAGAGCGACGUGAAACGAUAUUGUAGAAAAUGGUAGCAGAGAUGUAUAUCGUAUUUUUUCAUCUCACGCAUCGCGCGUUUUGCGAGUUUGUUUCUUUUGUAGAAAGAAUAUAAAUUCAAAAAAUUGCGACCUGCACCAUCAUACAAGCAUUAACGAACGCACAGGAAUUUUUCCAAAAAGAGAAAAUUUUAUGACUGCAAGCAAAUAUUUUUUAUCGAUAUUUAAGACGUGACGAUACAUAUUUAGAGCUGUAAUUAUACCGUGAACUCUUCGCCGAUGAUGAAGUUGUGAUUGAUUCCUAUUGUAAAUUAUUAAUUUAAAUAAUUUCGAUAGAACGAUACACACAAAUUAGGUCUCAAUAAUUUGGGCACUGUCUUGUAAAACAUAGACAUUUUCUCGUGAUUGUUCAUGAAAAUCCAAAGAACCGCUGCUUACGUGUAAAUAAAUAUUUUUUCUUCUUUUUACGAAACGAACAUCACAGAUCGAAUAUAGAAAAAUCAAACUAAAGAUAAAGCUAAACCUAAACGUAAAAAAUAAAAGUAAUCUCUUAGUAAUCUUGUGAUAGUAAAUUCAGUUUACUUUGAACAUCUGUUCUUGCAAAGGUGAAAUUUUGCAGGAAUUGACAUCAAACUUGUUUUUCUUAAAUCAAGCACGAUUUGUCAGACAUCUCUUACUAUUUAGAGUAGUCAGAAUGGUGAUAUUUUUUUUCUAUGAUAAUACAAGUAAAAUAUCUCUUAAUGUCCGUAGAGCAGAAAAUGCGCCAUAAUGAAAAACAAAAUAGCUUGACAUAGAAAGAUAUAUGAAUUAUACAGUUAUAUAAGACUGACUCAAAGCUACUAUUUUAAUAUGUAUGGUUCAAUUUCUAGUUUUCUUUCUCCUCCAUUAGAGAUAAAUGAUUCUAACAGAUGUACAUUCUUACUCAAUACGAAGGAAAGUGUGUUCUCGCGAACAACACAUAUCAAUAUUAUAGAAAAACAGAAAUAUUAUAGAAAACAAUUAAAAACUCGUCUAUAAAAAUGCCAAGAAAAUUGAGUAACGUGAGUGAAAGUGUUGCUUCUUACUUACAGAGUUACGAUAUAUUUUAGCAUAUUUAUAUACAAACGAAGAGGAAAUUCACGAAGAGUGAAAGUAGACAUUAAUAUUCAGAAAAGGUUUGAUACAAAAACGUAAUAAUAGAGGCAGGGAAUUAGCUUGUACAAAAGAACAGUUUCAUAAAAAAAUACUUUUUAAUUACAGCACCGUUUAAACACAUAUCAAAUUUGAUAUCGCACAAAAAUAUAAUAUCUGGACACAAUCGUGUGAAAAGUGAUAUAAAAUUUGUCUCGUUAUACAUGGUUCUUACUCUCGCAUUUAGGCUAAUACGAAAAGUAAAAAUAGGUGUAUAUACAUGUGUAAACUCGUCGAUUAUUUAUUAGUGUACAAUAUUAAUAGCGAGGCAAAUUUUAACGAAAUAUACAUAUAUUAUACUUAACUAUAAUUUGUACAGAAGAUUACAAUGUUUAGUAAUCUUGAUAUUUCAUCUUUUCCUAUCAAUGGAAAUUUGGUUUAAUAUGUAUUUUUCGGUAUUUAAUGUAACACUAAUUGCGAUCAAGGUUACUCCGUAAUUUCGAGCGAAGAUGUAUAGUUGUAUAAUAGAAACAAAUAAGCAAUACUAAGAAAUGUAUAAGGAAUGCGUUACAAAAUUCGAAUGUCUCGGAUACGAUUUGACAAACUGCAGGAAAUUUUUCAGGAGCGAACGCAAAUUGCAGCAAUUGCAACACCAAUUCGAAAUAUCAUCAGUAGCCAGAAGUAAAAAUAUUAAUAAGAAAGUACGUACGUAUAACAAAGGACUGGACCGCUGUUAUUUAUACCUGCGUUUACAGAUGAAAGUACUUAAAUUUAACAAGAUUAUAUCCCUAACGAGCCACGCAGAAACAUGUACAUAUAUAAAUAUAAGUGACAAUAAGUGACAUUUUUAUGGAAUACCGCGAAUCAAGUGAGAUCGUCUUCACAGAGGAUGCGCGAGCACUGUAUUUUAUUACACUAACGGCAGGAAUUUUGUACUCUUACAAGAUUCGAUGUGAGAAAAUAAACAUUUAUCACCUUUAA